AAUUUUUGUUUGUUUCUUUUUGUAGUUCAAGCGGAAGUGCUGCUCGAGCAGGAGGUGCCGCAAUAAUCUGGCAUUGGGGCAGUAGAGUCCUGAACUUUCGUUUUAUUUGCAUCAUCUGAGAGGUGGGCUCUUGAGGCCCACCCUUGAAUCAUUCAAGCUGGCGAGCGCUUUGGCCGCUGGUAUGAACCCGUACACCCACCAUCCAUCACUUGCUGGGAGUCCUCAUCAUGCUCAAGGUGGACCCCAUCAUGGUUAUUCAACGGGUGGUGGAGGUGGUGGUGGAGGAGGCGGAGGCAAUGGUACUACCACUACCCCAGAUCCAAGUCCACAUUCACCCCCAUAUGGAGCACAACCUGACUCGAAUACCCCUUAUUCAACAUUACAAAGUGGACAGGGCUUAAAUAGUAAUGGUCAUCAUCAUGGGCCGGGAAAUAUGUUGGGUGAUCAACCUCAUCAUCAGAGUCAUUCUCAUCCUCACCUAUCGGGACAUCUGCCCUAUCCUCCAGUUAAUCACAACAACAAUUGUACUUUAAAGCAAGAAGCAGGACAUGAGGGAUCAGUGGGCAUUCAACCAUGUGCGGGAUGCGGUUGCCGAAUUGUCGAUAGGCACGUCUAUUACGCAUUGGAUCGCUAUUGGCAUAAUAAUUGUCUAAAAUGUACAGCGUGUGGAUCAUUAUUAGCCGACAUUGGACCUAGCUGUUAUGCUAAAAAUCAAAUGAUCCUCUGCAAAAGUGAUUAUAGAAGGUAA